AUGGCGCCCACAAUGGCGAUGAGAGCUGCACGGAAUGUGUUCCGCACAACUACUGCAAGGCAGAUUAGGCCAUUCUCGUCGACCCGACCUGCCGCAAGGAUAUUUGGCAAUGCGCCUUUGAGGGCAAAGGAGGCAUCUCCUCAUGUCAGCGGCAAAUACCCAGUCAUUGACCAUGAGUACGAUGCGAUCGUUGUCGGUGCCGGUGGUGCCGGUCUCCGCGCCGCCUUCGGUCUUGCCGAGGCUGGCUUCAACACUGCCUGUAUAUCGAAGCUUUUCCCUACCAGGAGUCACACUGUCGCCGCACAGGGUGGCAUUAACGCCGCGCUUGGUAACAUGCACGAGGACGACUGGAGGUGGCACAUGUACGAUACCGUCAAGGGCUCCGACUGGCUUGGAGACCAGGAUGCUAUUCACUACAUGACCCGUGAGGCUCCCGCGUCCAUUAUCGAACUCGAGAACUACGGUUGCCCCUUCUCGCGUACCGAGGAUGGCAAGAUUUACCAGCGCGCUUUCGGUGGUCAGUCGCAGAAGUAUGGCAAGGGCGGACAGGCAUACCGCUGCUGUGCUGCUGCCGACAGGACAGGUCACGCCCUUCUGCACACCCUUUACGGACAGUCGCUGCGCCACAACACCAACUACUUCAUCGAGUACUUCGCCAUGGACCUGAUUAUGCAGGACGGUGAGUGCGUUGGUGUUGUUGCGUACAACCAGGAGGACGGUACUCUGCACAGGUUCUUCGCCAAGAACACCGUUCUUGCGACUGGCGGAUACGGUCGUGCCUACUUCAGCUGCACUUCCGCGCACACUUGCACUGGUGAUGGUAUGGCUAUGGUUGCUCGUGCGGGCCUGCCCAACCAGGAUCUCGAGUUCGUUCAGUUCCAUCCUACCGGUAUCUACGGAGCUGGCUGCCUGAUCACCGAGGGCUCUCGUGGUGAGGGUGGUUACCUGCUCAACUCGGAGGGUGAGCGCUUUAUGGAGCGUUACGCCCCUACUGCUAAGGAUCUGGCCUCCCGUGACGUCGUCUCUCGUUCCAUGACCAUGGAGAUCCGCGAGGGACGUGGUGUCGGCCCUGAGAAGGACCACAUCUACCUGCAGCUCAGCCAUCUCCCUGCCGAGGUCCUGGCCGAGCGUCUGCCCGGUAUCUCUGAGACUGCUGCCAUCUUCUCCGGUGUUGAUGUUACCAAGCAGCCCAUCCCCGUGCUGCCGACCGUCCACUACAACAUGGGUGGUAUUCCCACCAGGUACACUGGUGAGGUCAUCACGGUCGACGAGAACGGCAAGGACAAGGUCGUUCCGGGUCUUUUCGCCUGUGGUGAGGCUGCCUGUGUGUCUGUGCACGGUGCCAACCGCCUGGGUGCCAACUCGCUUCUCGACUUGGUCGUUUUCGGUCGUGCUGUCUCGCACACCAUCCGUGACAACUUCAGCCCCGGCCAGAAGCACACUCCCGCCGCUGCCGACGCUGGUGCCGAGUCGAUUGAGGUUCUCGACCAGGUCCGCACUGCAGAUGGUCCCAAGAGCACCGCCGAGGUCAGGUUGGCGAUGCAGAAGGCCAUGCAGACCGACGUCAGUGUCUUCCGUACCCAGGAGUCGCUGGAUGAGGGUGUCCGCAAGGUGAACGAGGUCGACCAGAUGUUCAGCCAGGUUGGCACCAAGGACAGGAGCAUGAUCUGGAACUCUGACCUGGUUGAGACCCUAGAGCUGAGGAAUCUGUUGACUUGCGCGACCUCGCUCUACCAAAAUCAAUCAUCACACGUCUGGCCAAGGAUUCAGGCCAACGCAGUCCUGGCAAUGACUAAGAGCGCCACGGUAUUCAUCAGCCAUCUGGCGGCGGCCGCCAACGAAAUCACAGAGGCUCAGAACAAAAAGACAAUAAUGCCACAGGACGUCCUCAAGGCCCUGGACGACAUCGAAUUUGGCUUCAUGAAGGGUCAACUGGAGGCCGAGUUCGAAAAGUUCAAUACAACACAAAGCACAAAGCGCUCGUCAUACAGGAAAAAAGUAGCGGCCGCAAAGAAGGCAGGCGGCAGUGCCGAGGGCGACACUUCGAUGGUCAGCGCCGCCGGCGACGGCACGGCGGACGAGGGCGACACCACGAUGGCCAGCACCACGCGGGGCGACGGCGCUGCUGCUGCGGAGAACGGCGGGUCGCCGCCGCGGUCAAAGAAGCAAAAGAUCGCGGCUGCUGGGGCUGGCACCGCCGUCGUUGGUGGAGCUGCGGCGGCAGCUGCUGCUGCCUCGUCAAAGAUGGAUGUCGACGACGAGGCUGACGACGCCAAAGAUGGAUCCGCAGCAGAGGAGGAGCAGGAUGAAGAGGAGGAGGACAAUGACGAGGAGGAGGAUGAUGAUGAUGAGGAGCAAGAAGAGGAUGAAGAAGAGGAAGAGGACGAGCAAGAAGGGGAUGACAAAGAAGACGACGGUGGAUCCGAUGCACCGGAAGAGGAAGAUGAAGCUCUCGAUGACGGCAAUGACAGCGAGUAG